AUGCAAGCAAUGUCAACAUUCGUCGAAGAAUUCAGGGUUCGAAAUGAAACCGAGUCCGAGUUUUUCGUUCAGUAUGAUAGGGCUAUCUUCAGUUGUCCUGAAAAUGGAGAAUGUUUAAAGGAAAAGGGAGAUGAUCCCGAGAAGCUGGAGAAAGCUGGGAAGGAGAAGGAAGUUGAAUACUCUGCUGCACCAGAAGAUGAUGAAUUUGAGUUUAAUAUUGUAGCUGAGCUUUCACCUAUUUCAGCUGAUGAAAUCUUCUACAAUGGUAUGAUCCGUCCAAUAUUCAAGAGAGACGACGCCAUCCACGUCAAGAAUGGCUCGAAGAAUCUCUCUGCUACGCCAGCGUCAUUCUUGAUAGAAACAACGUCGUCUGGAAUCAAUGACUUAGAAGGAAUUCCUUCAGGAACCUACUGCAUAUGGAGGCCAAGAGCAAAAGCAGAGUCUCCAGGACACUGUAAGAAGAGCAACUCUCCAGGCUCUUCAAAGCGGUUGAAGUUUCGUGACUUUCUGCAGCGAAGCAACAGCAACAGUAACAACAAUGACAUUUCCUUGUUUUGA